AUGAAACAGAGGAGGAUGGUAGGGCAACAUGUUUAAACGACCAGCAGUUGGCAUUGAUCUCGGGACCACCUACUACUACUUGGGUGUGUUCCAGCAUGGCAAGGUUGAAAUCAUUGCCAACGACCAGAGCAACAGGACCACACCAAGUUAUGUUUCCUUCACAGACUCAGUUAUCGGUGAUGCCGCCAAUAAUCGGGUUGCCAUGAACCCUGCAACACAGUGUUUGGUACGUUUUUAAGUUCUGAUAAUUUAUCAUUAAAUUGCAUUAUUUUAAUUGAAAUUGUAUUUUGUUAGCUGUAUGGUGAGCCAAAGCCUUUUCAUCUAAGUUAUCAAUGAUUCUACUCGACCCAAGCACCAAGUUGAAUACAAAGGAGACACUAAGUCCUUCUACCCAGAAGAAAUUUCCUCUAUGGUUCUGGUGAAGAUGGAGAUUGCUGAAGCCUACCUUGGAAAAACAGUCAACAAUGCAGUUGUUACUGUGCCAGCUUACUUCAAUGACUCCCAGCGCCAGGCAUCCAAAGAUGCUGGGACCAUCUCAGGCCUGAAUGUACUGCAUAUCAUCAAUGAGCCAACUGCUGCUGCCAUUGCCUACGGCUUGGAUAAGACGGUGUAUGAGGGUGAGAGGGCCAUGACCAAGGACAACAACCUGUUGGGCAAGUUUGAGCUGACUGGAAUCCCCCCUGCACCUCGCGGUGUUCCUCAGAUUGAGGUCACCUUUGACAUUGAUGCUAACGACAUCAUGAAGGUGUCUGCAGCUGACAAGCACACUGGCAAGGAGGACAAGAUCACUAUCACCAAUGACAAGGGUAAGUUUGUGGUGGUGGCAUUCAAGGAGGACAUUGAGCGCAUGGUCCAGGAGGCAGAGAAGUACAAGUGUGAGGAUGAUGUGCAGCGUGACAAGGUUUCCGCCAAGAACUCCCUGGAGUCCUACUCUUUCAACAUGAAAUCCACAUUGGAGGAUGAGAAACUACAGGGCAAGAUCAGUGACGAGGAAAAGACCAAGAUUCUGGACAAGUGCAACGAGGUCAUCGGCUGGCUUGACAAGAACUAGACUGCUGAGAAGGAAGAGUAUGAGCACCACCAGAAGGACAUCACCAAGUUGUACCAAGGUGCUGGUAUGCCCGACGGCAUGGCUGGUGGAUUCCCCAGAGCUGGUGGCACGGCUCCUAGAGGCGGUGGGUUAUCUUGACCGACUUGAGGAAGUCGACUAAACCAUUACACUGUUUCUGCAACCAUCUCCCCCUCACAAGCAACGUUUGAAAUGUUCUACCCGUUUGUGACUGAGUCAAUGACUCUUGUCAGUGAGAUUUUAAAGUUAGAAAAAAGGUUGCCUGAUCACACUUCUAUUGCAACUUUGUUUGCUAUAGAACAGUAAGAUUUCACAUGGGGUAUAUUGUGCCUUAAAGACAAAAUAAAACAUGGUGACCUUCCACCUCAACUUCUAAA